GUGGGCACAGGUGGGUGGCACUGGUGGGCACAGGUGGGUGGCACUGGUGGGCACAGGUGGGUGGGCACAGGUGGGUGGCACUGCUGGGCACAGGUAGGUGGCACUUCUGGGCACAGGUGGGUGCACUGCUGGGCACAGGUGGGUGCACUGCUGGGCACAGGUGGGCGGAACUUGUGGGUGGCACUGCUGGGCACCGAUCAUCAGGGCACUGAUCAUCAGUGGCCCUGAUGAUCGGUGCCGAUCCUCGCUCUGACAACUGCCGGUUCUCGGCAGUACUUUCCUCACGAUCUGACAGCAUGAGGAAUGAGGAAAGUGCAGCCGAGAACCGGCACUUGCAU